AUGCUUAAAUUAACCCAUUCUAAUUAUAGAAAUUCCCUUUGAUAUCACAGCAAGAGAAUAUUUAAGGCUAGAUGUCAACUAGAACAUAAAGAAUUCCUUAUUGCAACUCUAUCAAUUAUCAUCAAUAAUAAUUAUUUUUCGCACUUAAAUCCCACUGCAACAAAGGCUUUGAAAACCUUAUGAGACGCUUUUUGCAAAUUUAAUUAUAUUACAGAUUAA